AUGGAGGCCUCUCCUUACCUGAAUGAAGAUGUGUUGGUUGAAAUCCUGGCGAGAUUGCCCGUAAAAGUUCUGCUCCGUUUUCGGACCGUAUGCAAAUCAUGGAAGUCGAUGAUAUUGAUAGGCAGCCCCGAAUUCAGAAGUACCUGUUGCUUGAACAAUGAUCACCAUCGCCCUGCCGACCCUUCUUGGUUGGAGCUUCUCGAUUUCCCCUUCAAAUCUCACCACAUAGUGGGAUCCAUCAACGGCUUGAUAUGCGUAUCAAUGUCCCGAACGUGUGUCUCAGAGGUGCAAGCCGUCAUAUCCUUCAUGCUAUGGAACCCUACCAUCCGAAGGCACGUCUACCUACCCGACCUCACCUUCACCAAACCAGGCAUAUCUAGACCGCCCAUCGAGUUUGGAUACGACCCCACAACAGACGACUACAAAAUCGUGGUCCUUACAGUCCCUGCAGAGUUCAACGUCUAUUCCUUGAACUCAAACGCGUGGCGCAGAGGUAAUUUGCUUGUGCACCAGUGCCCCAACAGCAAAAUAUCGUUUUGUAGUACGGGCGCUUUCGUGGGAGGCAAGAUGCACUGGCUCCUCUGCAAAGAUUUAGUAGAUUAUGAGGUGGGCAUGAUGAGAAGAAGCUUCAGCCUUUACUCGUUCGACGUGGCGCAAGAGGUUUUUGAAGAGGUGGCCUUACCGCCACAGGAUCCUGCAGCAGCCAGGUUUAUUAUUAUUCCCCAGGUUGCUGUACUGGGGGACUCGUUGCUUGUGGGACAGCUGGCCUAUAACUCACACAACUCUUGGACCAAUAUUUGGGUGCAGAUAGCCACCGGCGACUGGAAGAAAUUGUACAGAUUCGAGGCGCGGACUUGGUUUGUGUGUGUUUUGAAGAAUGGGGAGUUGGUCGUGGACAGGGGGGGCCAAGAUGGUGGUCGCUAUAGUUGCUUAUCUGCAUAUGACCCAAGGGCUAGGCAGUUUAAGGACUUGGAGCCCUUGCCUUUCUCUCAAAUACGACAAUAUUGGGGUGUGGUGUCUCUCAAUGAUCACCAACAGAGUCUCGUCCUACUCGACUGCACGCCGGUUGGUGAACCGUCACACGCUACUUGCUGCUCUAUGUCUUCUUGCCAAGUUCAAAUCAAAAGGAAGACGCCCUCGAGAGAAAAAUUAACAAGUGCGGAUUAG